CAGCGUAAACCAGCGAUGGAGCCGAAGGGAGAGCACGAGGCGAAGGAUGCAAAAGACCAGAAUGAAUCAUCAAGAGAAGGAAAAAGGACACCUUCAGAGGAACAGAAGGAAGGAACAAAGAAGGUAGUUGGUGAAAAGAGUCCAUCUACUGAGGCUGAAGAAGGAGAAAAGCCAGCUGAAGAUGAUGAAGGCGAGUGGAGCUCUGGCAGUGAAAAAGAAGAGGAGGAAGAACAGCCUCCAGAACCUGAAAAGCUUCCAGAACCAGUGAAGAAGAAAAAAGUAAAGGUAGAGAAGAAAAUCUCCGAAAACUUCUACUAUAACUAUGAAGAGCUGUGCACAUUCCCAUUCGUGACUCCAGACUCUGGCAUUCCACUUAACAUGCUCAGUCUCCUUCACUCUUUUGGUUAUGACUGCACUAGACGGGCAAACCUUCAGGUGUUGGAUAGUCACACUCUCCUCUACAUAGCUGGCAACCAACUGGUACUACUGAAUUUGAAAUGGAAAACUCAAACAUACCUUCGAAGUACAUGCGGUGGAGGAAUUGGAGUAAUCACGGCACACCCUAAUAAAACAUACUUUGCAGUAGGAGAAAAAGGAUGGAAGCCAAACAUGGUUAUUUAUGAAUAUCCUUCCUUAAGGCCAUACAGAAUAUUGCGAGGUGGAACAGAGGAAGCAUAUGCAUUUGCUGACUUUAAUCGUUCGGGUACUUUGAUAGCCACUGUUGGGAGCAGCCCUGAUUAUAUGUUAACAGUUUGGGAUUGGAAACAGGAAAAUAUUGUAUUGAGAUCAAAAGCAUUUUCACAAGAUGUUUAUAGAGUGACCUUUUCUCCAGAAAAUGAAGAGCAACUCACUACAUCUGGUUCAGGUCACAUAAAGUUUUGGAAGAUGGCCCUUACUUUCACGGGCUUGAAACUACAAGGAGCACUGGGUAGGUUUGGAAAAACAGCAUUGACAGACAUUGAAGGAUAUGUGGAGCUGCCAGAUGGAAAGGUUUGGGAUUUUGAAACAAUAGACACAGCUGAUAUUGUGGAUGACACUGGACUGAUAGAAAUGGAACACAUGAACGAACUUUUAGUUGGCAAAAAUGUAAAUCUGAGCUGUAUGGUGAAAAUUCAUGAACGUGGAGAGCCAUACUGGUAUGCUCAGGAUUUUAAUGGUGCCAUAUGGAAGCUUGAUCUGAGUUUCUCAAAUGUUACUCAUGACCCAGAAUGCCUCUUUAAUUUUCAUUCUGGAAAGAUAAAAGCCAUAUGUGUCUCUCCAGUUACAUAUAUCAUGGCCACUACUGCUCUUGACCGUUCAGUGCGUAUCUAUGAUUUUAUUGGUAAUGUGCAGUUGGCUGAGAUGAAAUUUAAACAGGGAGGAACCGCAAUGAUCUGGGCACCAACUGUGGUAAAUCCCAAAAGAGGUAUAAUUGUUGUAGGUUUUCAAGAUGGAGUUGUUCGUAUCAUUGAACUUUACAAUCCAAAGGGACUCCCUGUUAUUUCUGGACGGGAUAAUGUAGCAGAUGCAGCCUUCCGUCUGAAACAAGCUUUCAAACCUCAUACCACUAUAGUGACAGCAUUGGCCUAUGAGCGUAAUGGGGAAGUGCUCGCCACAGGGAGUAACGAUAAAACUGUUUUCUUCUUUAAUGUUGAAGACAAAUAUGAGCCAAUUGGCUUCAUUUCUGUUCCAGGGCCUGUUCAGGCACUGCAGUGGUCUCCUCUUUCUCAUCUCGAGAGCAAGCUGCUUAUUCUCUGUAAGAAUGGCAUUGUUGUCCAGGUUCCUGCUCCAAACCCUGGGAAUUAUGAUGCAGCAUCCACCUAUAAGAUAAAAGAUUUGCCUACAGAGUAUUUUCGUUUCUGGAGCAUAAAAUCUCGGAUUUUGAGAGAAGAGGAAAUUCAACGUAGAGAAAAAGUCAAAAUAGAGAAGGAGAAGGCAAAGCAGCGGUGGAUAAAGCAGCAACUGGAUCAGGGGAAAACAAUGGAAGAAAUUGAAUUUCCAGAGGAAGAAACUGUGGAAGAGGAGCCACUGCCUGAAAUCUUUGUUCCACAGACUCCAAGCCCUGUCCUCUGUGGUUUUUAUUCUCAGCCAGGGAAAUUUUGGUUGUCCAUGGGAGAAUAUGACUCUGGAUUCCUGUUCCACUGUGCAUUUUCUUUGCAGCAGCAAAAAGAACCAGAGACUCGGCAAGAUGAACCCUUUGACUUUAUCCAUAUAGAAAAUGCGGAUGACAAUCCUAUUAGGCAGAUCACGUUUUGCUCCACUGGUUUACUAAUGCUCUGUGGGAUGCAGAAUGGAGCAGUGCGAAUCUACCCUCUCCAUCAGAAAGAGCUCUCAGCGGAUAAUGUAGCUGGAUAUUGGUCAUACAACUUGCAUGAUAAUAACUAUGGGCAAAUUCAAGGGAUCUGCCCAAGUUUUGAUGAUCGGUUUCUGGUGACCUGUGGAGCAGAUGGCAAUAUCUUUACUUAUAACAUCCUUUCAGCUGAGGAGAUUAAGAAAGUGCUGAAGACUAAGGUGCCCUCUCCAAGGAGAGGCCUUGAUAGAGAGAAAGCAGCAGAAGAUAUUGAGGAUCCUAGUGCCUAUAGUAUUGAGAAUGCCAAGCAAAAAAGGGAACAUGAUUAUAUAAUGAGGGCAGCAGAGCAGAAGAAAUUUUUGAAGAGACAAGAAUUAAUCACUCUAAGGCAUGAGUUUCAGGAUUUGCUCCAGAUGAACCGUGAGCUGCCAGCUCACAUGCAACUUCACAGAUCACAGUUUGAGUUGGACCGCAGAAUUCGUGCAGAAAUGGACAGAAAGACAGCACGUAAGAUCCGUCUCGUGCUGAAAGAACUGGCCUGGGAACAGGAAAAACAUCGCAUUGGGCUGCAAAAAGUACAGAAUCGGUUUCGGGGCAAUUUGGAAUAUGACACCAUUGUGGUCUGUGCCAUGAGGAGUAACCAUCGAAUCUCCACAUACAGACUGUUGGCAAUCUCAGAAAAUUUGUACAAAUCCAGAAAACAAAGUCAAGCAGGGAAAAGGAGACAAAGCAAAUUUGAUUGGAAAGGAAAAGAAGUAGAGCAAAGAAGAGAAAGCCAAAAGGAUCUCAGAGCAAAAUUUUCAACCCAGACUACUGUAACUAGUGAUGAAGAACCAGACACAGAAAGGGUGCACAGAAGGUCCCACCCACACACAGUGGCAAGCCGUAUUGUUGAAAAUCGAAUGGAAAAACUUAGAAAAAUUAUUGAAAAAGCAGAUAAAGCCAGAGCUAAGAUCCAGCAAAGAAAGAACGAGUGGGAUGAACUAUUCAAGAGCAAACCAAGUGAUAACUAUGAAGACCCUCAAGAUGUAGAAAAUAUCAAACAAGCCCAAGAGAACAUGGGGGACUUCAAACUGAAAACUGCUACUAACUACAAGAUUCCUGAACAUAUGAGAAUGAAUGCUGACAAGAAAACUAACCAGUUGGCAUCUCUAGAAGUGGCUAUCCAUGAUAAGAAACUGUCAAUGAAUAAAUGGAUAGUGUCCCUCCGAGACCUCAAGGUGGCUAUUAUUGAAGAGAUCCAGUGUGUGGUACAAGAACUGAAAACUAUACAGAUAUCCUUGCAUCCAUCCAAACAUCUCCCUGUUCCUCCAAUUCCUCAGCUUCUUCCAGAGGAGACUCCAGAAAAACAUUUCCAAUAUGAUGGUGAAUUGCUCAUGAAGUUCAAACAAGAACUAGAAGACCGGGCUAAGCUUGAUGAGACUGUGCCAGUGGCUCCUUCAGCAGAGGCUGGGGGUCUAGGGGGAUUUGGAGGAGGCUUUCUUCAUGCCCCUUCAACAAAGGACAUAGAGAUUAUCAUGCGGGGUACAAGCUUAAAGUCAAUGAAAAUGGCAUCUGGAACUACUACAGUGUCACCCAAAUCUUUUGAGAUUGAGGCAGCGGAGCCAACAGAGCUGGAACUGGAAAUUGCAAAUAGAGAGGAGAUUAGGAAUCUUCAUAUGCAGGAGAUUUUGAUCAAGAGGAUUCAUGAACUCAUGAUUACCUUUGAUGCUGAACUUCGCCUUCUUCGUCACCAAAAGUUGAAGCUAGACAUACUGAUGAAAACUGCUGACCUGCGCCACAUCACUUGGUUUCAAGAGCUGCUUCUCCUGAAGAACUUUGAAAAGCAUGAAGACAUUCUCCAGGAACGUGUUAACAGCCUUGCCAGUGAGGAGGAAGAAAUGCAACACAAAUUAAAUAGCUAUCUUGCACAAAUAGAGGAUAAGAAAGCAGAGAUUGUAAAACUCCAGGAGCGAGAGAAGGCCCUUUAUGCCACUUUCCAAGCAUCUCUGGGAGAAAACAAUAAAUUUGCUGGAUUCCUCACUAAAGUCCUGAAGAAGAGGAUCAAGCGUGUUAAGAAGAAAGAAGUGGAAGGAGAAGGAGAUGACGAUGAAGAGAGUGAAGAAGAGAGCGAUGAGGAGUCUGAUUUGGAGAGUGAUGAGGAAGAGUCAGGAUCUGAGGAUGAAGUCUUUGAUGACACCGUUUGUCCAAAAAACUGUGAUGAAGCACUCUUUGAAAACACCCUCCAGCUCCGAGAGAAGCGGCUGGACAUUGAGGAGGCCUUAGUGGAGGAGAAGAAAACUAUUGAAAAUGUCAAGAAAGAGUAUGAAGUUUUAGCCAAGAAGGUGAAAGUAGUAGCAGCCAGCCUAGAUGCAGCAGACUGGGAACUGGAGGCCUAUCAGCGGGAGAAGCAGCAGAAACUGAAUGAGCUGCAUGUAGUUGUGCCUCUAAAACUUCACCAGGUGGAAUAUAUAUCAAAUGGAGAAAUCCCCCCUGACGUCUCUCAGGCUUUGGUGUUUACGAACCAGUCUUUGGUGAACUUGCAGCAAAGGAUCAUGGUCCUGCAGCAGGAGAAACUAGAACAGAGAGAACUCUAUAAAAAAGCCCGGGAACAGCAUAAACAGCUCAUUCGAGACAGAAGGGAAAUGGUGCUUAAAAUUGACCGAUUGGAAGAGAAAUGCAAUCAACUGAUGAUGAUGAAAUUUGGCAGGAUAGUCAACUUGGAAGCCCUGCAGACUCUUUCUGUAAACACAAAUCUGGAAGAACUAAAGAUGAAGAUGAUGGAAAAAGAGCAAGCUCAUGCUAUGGAAAUAAAAAAAUGGGAGGAUAAAAUUCUUGAGCUGCGUCAACAGUUGAUGAUGGUGACAAAAGAAAAUACUAGUAAACUGAAGCAAAUGAACACAUUUUGCAUGGAGAAGAUGAAACUUGAAAUCAAGUUGGAUGCACUGCAGAAUAACCUGGGAGCAGAAUUCCAGGGUCCUCGCAAAGCAGAUAUUGAGGAGAAGGAGAAGCUGAUUGCAUUAGUUCAGCUACAAGCCCAAGAAGCUGAAGUCCUGAAAGAAGAAAUCACUAUUUUAAGCAGGAAGGAUGGUCGCAUUUUCCCACCAUCUCAGUCUGUGUAUCAACCAGAUGGGAUUCUGGAUUAAACCACUGUUCCUAUAGUUCUCUUGCUUAAUUGUAUGUGUAAAUCAAUGCAUGAGGUUAACAAGAUAGCCCUUGAGAUUUUAGUUUCUGUAUGAUGUGUCUGGGGCUUUAGGUUCCUCCCCUUAUGACAAAAGCUCUGUGCUAUAGGCCAAGCAGAAUGUAAACAGUAUAGCUUUCCUUGCUUUCAGUGAUUUGAGAAGCAUGUAUCUCUUGAAGAGCCACUAUCUGGAAAAAUUGUAGCAGCCCCACUGAUCUUGUAUUUCACUUAAGACAGUCUGCCCAGGUGGCUUUUGAUGUGUGGAGAUGUAGUGCCUCCAGAUGUUGGACCACAGCUCUCAUCAGCCUAGGCCACAUGGCUAGGGAUGAUAGAAGUUGGGAGACCAACAACAUCUGGAGGGCAAUAUUGGCUACUCUGUCUUAAGUGUCUUCAAAUACAUGUUUCAUUUCCUGAUCCCAAGAGCGUGGUACCUGCCACAACAAGCGCAGUGGAGAUACAGCCUUGUACUCCCAAUCUGGCGAUUAGUAUCUUAGCACAGAUGCAAAUAUGUUUCUAUAGUUUCAACUUAAAAUUGUGUCAUAAAUAUUUAUAAGGAAAUUGCUUUAUUGGUUCAGAUUUUAUGUUCCAAUUUCUUCAUUAGACCUGCAGAUGUUAACCUUGUAAUCUCUGUACUGAAUUCAGCAUCUCUUCAAAUGAUGCAUUUGCUGUCUGAAGGAGGUUAACAGUCUUCACUCUGGCCAGCUUAUCCAAAAGCAAAAUCAUAUCAGAAUCUAUUAAAUCUUUAAAACCUUUUUUUGCCCGACUUUGAUUUCAAAGGGUGGCUAUCCAUUACUAUAAAUGAAGACAAGGUCUCACUGUCUCUGCUUAAGCAGAUGCUCACAAUGCAUCAUGAAAUGGUUUAAGCAAAACAAUGGUCCUGGAUAAUUCAUUUUUCAGAGUUCUCUCUGUAAACUGGAAACCAGUCACAUUCAUACCCCUAAGCCUAAUUCCCACUGAAGCAAAAAAAACUACAAUGUUUGGUAUGUUUUGAAAGCUAAAGUUUCUUGUUUAGAUGGGUGUAGCAAGGUCCAUAUCUAAGGCUUUAUUUAGUUAGGGUUCUACAUUAUCAUAACACAGUGUUGGGUGAAAAAUGAAUAAGGGGACUGUAACAGCAUGAGGAAAGCAAGAUUUACCAAACUGCAGGAAGCCCAACUGAUGCAGUGCAGUUCUUUUUGCUACAAUAUGCUGACGUUUUUCUUUUGAACUACUUGUGUGGACCUCACUCAUUACCUUACUGAUAGAAAACUGGAGAGUAUAGCAACCAUUUUCAUUAAAAUGGUAAUGUUAUUAAUUCUGUUGCCAAGAUUCCCCCCCCCCACAACAUGCGUUCAGCAGAUAAGGGUUCAGUCAAAGGGGAGAAACAGUCUUUAUUUACUUGAUGAAGCAUGGCAUUUGUUUCAUUACAGACACACUAUCAAAGAAUCUGUGAAUGUAGAAUAUGGCUUGUUAAUGGAGAUAAAUACUGUACCUACUUUAUAUCUGUUUCAUCUGGCAUUCUGCAGUGAGAACUGGAAGCCAAGCAAUGACCUUUUCCCAUAAUCUCAUCAGUUAGAGACACCUUUUUGCAGCUGGAGAACGUGGUUCUUGGCCUGGUGCUCAUUCUAUUACUGAGAGUAAAAAGCUGCCUUUUCCAGUUCACGACCUGAUGAAGGUGCCUGCUGUUACCCCAGUCUCAGUUUAUUCCCUCUUGCACAUGAUGCCACUUCUCUCAAUGUAAUUAUAGAAGGCACAUACACAUCUAUU